CGACUCCGUCCCAAUCGAAUCGACCGCGAGCGGCUUCACCGAGCCGAACCAAAGCAUCACCGAGCCACCAAUGGCGACGAGGCCGGGCGGCGAGACCGCGCAGCCCCCGCCGAAGCGCCCCCGCCACCACGGCGACCACGCCGGGCCUGAGCCGGCGCGCGUGCAGCUCAACCCGGCAGACUGCAACCUCGACUUCGACGUCGGCGCCGGCGGGCUGCGGGGGGAGGCGCUGCACGGGGGCGGGUUCGCCUACUGCUGGUCGGGCGCGCGCGCGACGGCCGGGGUCCGGCGCGGCGGGCGGUACUGCUUCGGGUGCAGGGUGGUGGCGGAGCAGGCCGUGGAGAUGGACGACACGGAGGCCGGCCAGCGGCACCUCUGCCGCGUCGGCGUCUCCAGGGGGGACUACCCCGUGGGCGACCUCGGGGAGGCCGGCGGCCACAGCUUCGGGUUCGGGGGCACGAGGAAGCUCUCCCACCAGGGCAGGUUCUUCGAUUACGGCGCAAGGUUCGGGGUCGGGGACACCAUCGUCUGCGCCGUGGACCUCGAUACCAAGUCCAUGGCCUCGAUUGGGUUCGCCAAGAACGGGGAAUGGCUUGGCAUUGCCAAGUAUUUUGAUGCCAGCCACAAGGGGCUUGGUCUGGUUGAUGCUCCUGUGAGGCCGAUGCAGUGGGAGUCGGCAAUCUUUCCGCAUGUGCUGCUGAAGAAUGUCGUCGUCGAGAUGCAGUUUAGCAGGGAGGACGGGCUGGAGCCGAUCGAUGGCUACAAGCCCUGGACCUCGGCUUUCGCAGAUGGCAAUGCGGUGUUUGGGCCUGUGUUUGAUGAACAGAAGGAAUGUGAGGUUAUGAUGAUGGUUGGCCUCCCGGCUUCGGGGAAAUCUACUUGGGCAGAGAAGCAGGUCAGGGAACAUCCGGAGAAACGCUUCGUCCUUCUUGGGACUAACCUUGCAUUGGACCAAAUGAAGGUGCCAGGAUUGCUUCGUAAGAACAACUAUGGUGAGCACUUUGACCGUUUGAUGGAUCAUGCCACCCAGAUUUUCAACACAUUGCUGGACAGGGCCGCAAAGAUCCCCCGCAAUUACAUUCUCGACCAAACAAAUGUGUACAAAAGCGCCCGUAUUCGCAAGCUGAGGCCAUUUGCAAACUACUAUAAAAUUGCUGUGGUUGUUUUCCCAUCGCCAAAUGAACUCAAUUCCCGGGCAGCAAAGCGAUCCAAGGAGAUGGGGAAGGAUGUACCAGCUGAAGCAGUUGAUCAGAUGACAGCCAAUUUUGUCUUGCCACUGUCGAAGGACAUGCCUGGUUCAAAGGAGCCUUUCGAUGAGGUGAUUUUUGUGGAGCUUUCCAGGGAUGAUGCCCAGAUAAACCUAGACGAGAUGAAACGUUUGCUGCCAAGAGCCUCAGCUCCCAGCCAUGGCAAUGUUAGCUCAGCAUAUACCAGGACUGUUUCUGCGGCAGGACCAUCUCUGUCGUCAGGCGUUGAACCACCAAUGAACUACUCAGCAGUAGGCGAGAAAAGGAUGACGCGGCUGCCGCAGGAAGAGAUCGAUUGGACCCUUGCCCAUGUGGUGGAUGGUCCUGUCCCUUACUACUACGAGUCCCUGAAGCGCGAAAACCCCAGCUUGCUGCCUUCACCCGAGGAGCAGAUGGACAGCUCCAAGGUUGAUCUCUAUAAUGGUGCCCGCGCACUCUACGGCGUUCGGGAGAGAUUCGCCAAGUACCAGGCAUUUGUCCGCGCUGAGUAUGAGAAGCGCGGCUACGUCGAGGUCGACGACGACUUCCUGGAGCGCAGGGCGCGCCGCCGGGCGUAUAGUGAUGUCCUAUGCGCAAAGGCAAAGGAAUAUGUCACCCAGUUGGUCCACACUGGCGAACUUUUGGUUGCACCCCGCAACCACCAUGUAUAAAUCGAGUUGGAUGGCACAUCAUGCAUGCACAUCUUUGUUUAUCUGUCUAUGCACACAUCUGUCGUUUGUGUUGAUGUGCAGAUGAAGCCAUGCUAGCUCUUGAUGGACACCUUGAAUCAAUAAUAUUCCCUCGGUCUUAAAAUAAAUGACUCAACUUUGCAUUAACUUUAGUACAAAGUUAAGUCACUUAUUUUGGGACGGAGGGAGUACUAGGUAGUUACUAGUAUACUAAUCCUUCCAGUUAUCACCCUCAGUCUGCUACUCACUCUGUAAACAUAAAUAUGUGUGUUUUUCUGUUGGAAAGUUUUCUUCUUUGUGCUGA